AAGAUGCGGUAGUCGAGCGGUAUAGUUAAGCGUGUGUAUAUAUUUUUUUGUUUGUGUUCUUGCAGCUAUCCUCCUAAAGAAAGAUAUGUGGGAAGUUUAUGUUGUCCGAGCGUGACGAUGUUUCCUCUAUGUGCGGAUGACGAACACUCAUGUAACUGGAGAGGCAGACAGUUUGUGAUGCUCACAUAUUAACUUACGUGAACAUGGCGACCUGCAGAAGGUGUUUUGUAUUUGUGUCAGCGAGUGUUUAUUGCGUGCAGGAGAUGUUAUAACGUUUUCUGGAACCAUAUCAGUUUUCACAAGUUGUGUAUUGAAUUCGUGGUGUUGUGCCGUAGACCAAGUGAUUUUAUAGUAACAUCAGAACCUGCGUAGCACAAGUUGUACCUUGAGAUUCAAAUUUCAGCUUUCCCGUUUAAAUCAGUAUGUGUACAAAAUGUGACGCAUUCGGGUCUGCGGUGUAACAGUGUGUGUUUUGAUUGGACCUGUUGCAAACCAUUUGUAGUAUAGUAGACUUCAGUGGAUGCGAGUGUGACAAGAAGCUAUAGUCCAUGUUUGCUUAUCAGAAAGAUGCAAGCUUUUCUGUUGGCGGUACAAUGGAAAUACAACGGUCAUGUGUAAUUAAUAUGUGAUUGAGUUCAGUUCUCUGCGUCAGUUAGCAAGCCAUUAUAAAUGCCAAGCAACAUGUCCCGUGGGUACUACAAAUUAAAUAGUCGCAAGCCCUCUCAGGGCAGUUUGCAGUUUGACAAACUUUUUCAUGAGAAUAGUAAUCGUCCCUCAGCUGCAAAAAGUGCAGGUACUAUUGGCCGUUGGGGAGUAAUCUCAUGCACGUCACUACGAAGCACCAACAUAAUAGGAAGAAAGGAAGAAGAAUAUGGUGCCAAAAGAAUGCGUCUGGAAUUCAGUGGCCGCAACUCUCAGCUGUCAUCUAGAGACCCUUUCUCCUUUGAGUCGAGUGCUGUUGGUCCACCACCAGUUGUGAAACCCAGAAAGUUCUUCAAAAGUCGUAAUAUUGAUUCACCUCCAGAUGAUGGACACAUCAGUUCACCAGCAUACAACAACAAAGAAAGGAGUUCAGAUUCAACUUACAAAUCCAAAGUGAAAAAGUAUGGCAAAAAUAACUAUCAUUCUCAUUCAGCAGGGUCUAAAAAAGUUUUUGGAGCUUCUGUUAAGGGCAGUUCCAACACCUCAAAUGUUGAACCCCAGGCGGAGCAGACAGAAGCUAUGAACUUAACAAGUCCAGCCAAAACAGCAGUUCCACCAAGAGAAGAGAAUAAGCCUCCAAUUGUUCUGAGGAUAUUCAAAGGCACUUCACACUUAGUUAGUGUUCCAUCCAGUCCAUGUGAGAACAGCAGUGGAAUAUCAUUACGUAGCUCCACAAGAAAAAGAAGUCACAGCAGCGAUUCACGUAGUGUAGUGAUGUACAGCAGCAGUAUUAUAACAGCACCAAAGAGAUCGACUAGAGAACUGAGAAGCAAGCGAGUUUCGGAUUCAAGUUUCGAUUAUGUAGCAGAAGUAUCACAACAGGCCUCAGCGGUAGAUAAUUUGAAUAGCAGUGGUAGUAGCACCAACAGCAACAGUAGCAGUGGUGGCAGCAGUAGGAGUAAUUGUGCUAGUAAUGAUUGUUUAGAUUUAGCUGUAGAGGACACAACAAAGAAUGACAAUGAAUGUUUGCCCGAGAAUCCUGUAGAAAGAAUGAGUAGUCCUAUUGCAAAUGUUGACAAUUCUCCUAUACCAUUGAAAAAUGAGCAAGAAGUGGUGGAAGCUGAUGAUAAUCAGCCUCUUGCUUUGGAAUGUCCUUCAGUUAACACACUACCUCUGCAAGAAAAUGUUGAACAUUUUGGUGAACAGUGCAAUGGUCACCAAGAACAGUAUACAGAGGAACCUGUACAGAUGUGUAAUUCCAUACCUGAAGCAUUAACUGAGGUAGAUAAUCAAAAAGAAAUUGAGCAAAUGGUAGCAGAUUCUCCACAACCACCCGAUACAAAAACUUUGCUCGAUCAGGACUGGUUCUCAGACAGCGAUGACUGUAGUGAUAGCAUUUCUGAUCACAUAAACACGAUAGCUUCCACUCAAGGUGAAGGUGAAACAGAAUCAGAAAUAACUGAUGGUAGUUUGGCCAGGGUAUUGACUCAGGAAAAAUGUGAACUAGAUACACAGCAAGAGUCAGGCCCAGAGUCAGGAAGGACAUCACCUGCAGAUAAACAGUCACCUCCACCUUCGCCUAAGGCUGAAACUCGUCCAAUGUCUACUCGAAUAUCACCCAUAAAAAAAGGUAGCAUUUUCAAGAGUCGGUCAUUAUUGUCCGGUAGUAAGAAGAGACUAGCUUUGUACAAACACAAGUGGGCUGAUGAUAAAGAAGGUGGUGGUGGGGCCACACCUGAAGGCGCAUCUCAAAGCCAGGAAGUUGGGGGAGCAGUUAAUAGCGUUGGAGCUUCAGUUUCACAACCUUGUCUAACAGAAGAAGACUUUGAACCUUCUAGGCUUACUAGGGUCACAUCAUGGCCAUUAAAUUCAAUGGCAAGUGAAGAAGAUCAAGAAGAGGCCAUAACCAGUGUAAAAUGUUCCAAAAAUGCAAAAGGGUAUUAUACUGUUGUCCGCAAUGUUAAAAAAGCACAUCAGAUCCAAGAGUCUGGAGAAUUUCAAGAAUUUAAUGAUGAUGUAGAAUAUAUUUUAGAUGCUCUGCAGGACAACAACCCAAUUGGAACACGGUGCCUUUCAGCCAUAACAUUAGCUUCAAAGUGUAUGGCACCAGCAUUUCGAAUGCAUGUCCGUGCACAUGGUACAGUGGCCAAAUUCUUCCGUGCACUACAUGACGCAACUCGAGAUCAGAGCUUGGGGCUUUGUACUGCAACUGUGAUGUUUGUGCUGAGCCAGGAUCGUCUCAAUAUGGAUCUCGAUCGUGACUCUCUUGAGUUGAUGCUUGGUCUAUUAGAAUGUGAUGCUUCUCACCACAGUGCUCUUGAUGACUGUGGCAUGAGCAGUGUUCAACUUGCAAAGAACAAGGAGAAAGUGCGAGAGCUUUGUGCUGCAAUACAAAGCCAGGGCCAUGCUAAAUACCUAGACCUUGAUAACAUUACGGUGGGCCAUCUAGCCAUGGAAACAUUGCUAAGUUUGACAUCCAGACGUGCUGGAGAAUGGUUUAAAGAAGAACUGCGAGAACUAGGUGGUCUCGAACACAUAGUGCGCACAAUUUGUGACUGCUGCACACAAAUUGAUGAUUAUGUUGUUGAGUGGACUGAAGUGCUCUUGAACAGGCUCAGGAAAGUUGAUCGAUGCCUCAGGGUUUUGGAAAAUGUCACUCACCAAAAUGAAGAAAAUCAGUUGUACCUCUUACGCUACAGUGAUGGAAUUUUGGUUGAUACAUUAAUGAGACUCUAUUGCCAGUGUGACUCUGAGAUACCAUUGUACCCAGUCACAAAUGCAGGUGACAAAGAGUCUGCCGGAGCUGUAAUAAGAGAGGCAUUGCUUGCUACUCUGAAGGUGUUAAUAAAUCUUUCUCAUGACUUCAAUGAUAAAUCAUUUGGAAGCACUUUAAUUGGUAGAAGACAUGGUGCAAUUGAUGCAAGCUUACACAUAAUGCUGCAGUUGCCAAACUAUGUACCUGAAGAAAAGAAAUUUGAAUUGCUUGUUCUGUCUCUUCUUUUCCUAACGAAUUUGGUGGAACAUAAUACUGAGAACAGAAAAAUUCUUUUUGAAGCAAGAGCCCCUGCUGGACCAGAUAAUGUUUUUCACUAUAACACCAAAAGUGCCGUGGAAGCACUAGUAACAUUCUUCUACCAGCAAGAACAACAAGCACGUGUUGAAGAGGGUAAGACUGAUGCCAUUUUGGAUGGAAAGAAAGAUGCUGAAGUUCAGGAUGAAGCUGCACAGGCACCUAAAACACAAGAAGAGUUUAUUGAAGAAACUGUAGCAAAAUUGUUACAGAAAGCUGGUCGUAAUAUGGAGCAUACUCUCAUUGGUGCUUACGUAGGUCUGCUGUUGGGAUAUCUUGUUAUAGAUAAUAAGGACUAUGAACAUCUGAUUCGUCAGUACCUGCCUGAGGGAAAUUUCAAGACAAUAGUUGGUGUGCUGCAAAAGGUUUAUGACUUCAUGAAUCUCACAGCUUCUGCUGUAGGCAGCAGUAGAGGAAUAGCUCAAACUCGCCGUAUAAUUAACUUCCUGGUACAGUGUGAUGGCCCAAGUACCAGUGAUCAGGACACCCUAUCAUCUCAUUUUAGCUUGUCUGACAACAUUUCGUGAUAGGACCUAUGCAUGUGGGAUUCGUUAUUAACUGCUUGUGCAAACUGAAAUAAUUGAAGUGGUUUCAAGGUUAAUUUUAAACAUAUGAAAAUACGAUAGUUUAAGAAGAGCUAUUAUCUGAAAUGUACGGUUUAUGUUUUGUGUAUAGUUACUUUUAAUUUAUUUCCCAUUUUUAAGAUUAAGCUGCAGCAAUUUCAUAUUUAUAUAAAAAGCUGUGAAGUAAUGUGAUACAAUUCGUGUUAUGAUUGUGUGUGUUGUGUUAUCUGUAAAUUUUAUCUGAGAAUUUGAUCGGCACCAUUUUAUUCCUCUAGUUAGCUUACAGUAAUUGUUGCAUAAUAUUUAAGCUGACCAAAAUAGCAGACUCUGAGAGCACUAACUUUAAAGACUUUUUAAUUUUUCACAUUAUUUUGGAACAGUAUGAUUAGAAACUUCUGAAGUGGUCUUACCAAUAAUGACAUGUACAUACAGUGUAUUGUUAGAACAUAUACUUAUAAAAUGAAAAGUUUUAUUUAUUUAUUUUAGUAUAGCUGUGUGUUGUACAAACUUGACUGGGAAGAGGCUCAAAUAUAUUGUAUACAAAUUUAGUUUUCUCUUCAGUGGUGAACAAUAACACUGCAUAACUGUUUGAAUUGACUUGUCCAGUGGUCACUUCAUUAUUGGACGCUGUAAUUUUAAUUUUGUACAAUAGGAUGAUAUCGUGCAGGCUUCUUCUCAGGGAAAUAUUUUAUUUGUAUUACUUUUUAAAACUGUAAAUAGAAGUCAGACUUUUUAAAAAAAUUGACAUAUUUUAUAAAAUUCCAUGUGUACAGUAAUUUGUGGACUAAAUGUUAAUAUUUUCUGUUUUGAUAUAAUACACUCUACAUGCCAGUGAAAUUUUGUCAUUCGAAGCAUAGGUUAUAAACAGAUGUCUUACUUAUGAUUCAGUUUCCAAAAUAAUUACCUUUCACUACAUUGUUUUUUAACCUUCAGACAGUGUUUUGAACACAAUAUCAGUAUAAAUCAUUCUUCUUCAUCAUUCCUUCUAUUUGGACCAAAUGAAUUACAUAUAUUACAUCACACAAUAUCUUUAGUGAGCAUACAAAUACCUGAAAAUAAUGUUGUGAUAUAUGUGUCAUUCCAUCUGUGUGUACCAAUUAAUUCCAAAUGUUCAGAAACAGGAAAUGAUCUUGACCUUGAAGAUAGGCUUACUGUUGUCAAUGUUUUUCACCAUAUAGGGGUACAUAAUCACUUACUGAAAGAUUUAAGUAAGAAGAUUUUAAGACAUAACUAUCAGUAUCAUUCUGUAAUGCUGAACAGAUCUGUUUUUAUUUCUCUGGCAAUAUUUUGUAUAAAAUGAAAAUUGAUCUUUCGUGUGGAUACAGAAAGCUUGCACUCUCUCUCUCUCUCUCUCUCUCUCUCUCUCUCUGUCUGUGUGUGUGUGUGUGUGUGUGUGUGUGUGUGUGUGUGUGUGUGAGAGAGAGAGAGAGAGAGAGAGAGAUGGUCAGUUACUCAUUGUAUCAAAUGUACAGAAUUUUAUGUGGAAUUGUUGAGAGUUUAUAUCCUAGUGUGACAUACUUUUGCUGUUUACAUUUCAGGGCAUAUUGUAUUUAGCUGGUGAUCUGAGUCACACAAAUUGUCAUUUUAGUGUGAUGAGGAUGAUGAUGAUGAUGAUGAUGAUGAUAUUGUAAUAAUAACAAAAAAGGCAUGGUGUAGAAGGAAUGAGUAUUUUCAUUAAUUCGUAAAUGAACCCACACAUGUACAUAAACAUUCAUUUUUGUGAACAAUUUCAGAUUGGUUUUGUAAUUGAUCUCAGACUCCACACACUAUACAACAUAGUGGUUAUGAACUUCUGGUCAGUGAGAGGGUUGGUUGUGAUGUAAAAUGUUUUCAUCCAGUUUUGUGUAUUUAGUGUGAGAUUCUAUACUUGUUGGGAAACAGCCUGUUCAGUACACUUUUCUGUAUUUGUGAAGUAUCUGAAGAUAGUGUCCGUAAAAGCUAUAGAUGAAACUAUUUUGCAUAACAUCUGUCAGUACAAAAUAUGAAUCUGUAGAUUGAUAAGAAAUAUUUUUGAUGUGAAUGAAUUGUUGUAAAAUAAAGCAGCACAACUCUUAGAGGAUGUACACAUUUUCCAAAAUUGCAUGCAUUGUGUUUUAAGAAGAGUCCUGAAAUUCAGUUCAACUGUAUACAUUACUUAAAAACAGUUCAUACUUUCCUGAAUUUUGUAUACAAAAUAUUAUGUCAUUAUGAUCACAUUUUAUUGCAGCUUACAAAUGGCCUUUUGUCAGUGUAGAUUGUGGUUUCCCCCCCUCCUGAAGGUGUGAUGGUAUGUAAUGAAAUCAACCUUUUGGAAUUCAAGUAUGUUACAUUUCAGUAUUGUGGGCAAGAUAUAAAACUUUAUUUUGUUGCAUAAUCAAGGACUGCCAAGACAUUUAUUCUCAAAAGAUACAACUUGUGUGUGAUAUACAUUUGGUAUUUUACAAAGAAAUUAUGUAGCCUUA